AUGCUCCAAUCAUCAUUCGCCGUCGCCUUCCUGGCCCUCGCCGCCAUCCCCGGCACCCUCGCCGGCUGGAACGGCCACGCCACCACCCCGGCCACAAAGUGCUACAGGAACGAGAUCUCGGGCUGCGCAUCCGGACGCUGCCUCAACGGGUAUGAAAUGUCAAGCCUCCAAGCCAUAGCUCACGCUCAGCUGCGCCGCCGGCGAAGAGCAGGGCUGCCCUACGCUCUGCAAGAAGCUCACCAUGCCGGAGGGCUGGUGUGCGGCAAAAAAUCGAAAGAAGAGUUCAAAGUGGCUAAUCAUGAGUUUUUUUUCUUGUUCUUCAGCAACUCUGGUGCUUGCUGGUGCACCCGCGACGACACCAAGAGCUUCAUCGACGCCGAUCGCCCCGUUGAUAAGAGAGAUGAGAUCAAGACCUACCGCGAGACCAAGGCUUGA